AUGGAAGAGAACGAACAAGACAACCUAUCCUCUUCAGGAAGACAAGACAAGAAUAAGUCCCGAUCGUCACGAAAACCCUCCAGCAAGUCUAAAAGCAGGUCAAGGUCAAGAGACGAUAGUGAAGAUGAUGACUCCAAAAUGUCCAAUAAGACUGAAAGAAACGAAAGAAAGAGUCGAGGCGAUCGCAAGAAGUCUCGAAGAGACGAUGACGUUGAAGAUGAUCGUAGCAAGAAACGAAGUGCCGCAAGUAGUAGGGCAACCAAGCCAGGUGCUAUUCCUGAGAAAACCAAUAGUAGCAGUAACUCUGAUGCUCGGAAAAAGGAAAGGAACGGCGCAAGAGCAACAAGGCCAGGCGUAGUUUCUGAAAGUUAUGGCAGUAAUUCGGAUGCUCGGAAAAAGGAACGGAACGAAGCAAGAGCAACAAAGCCAGGCGUAGUUUCUGAAAGUUUUGGCAGCAAUUCGGACGCUCGGAAAAAGGAAAGGAACGGCGCAAGAGCAACAAUAAAGCCAGGCGUAGCUUCUGAAACUAAUAAUUCUGCUGAUACAGACAAUAAGAAACGAAGCUAUGCCAAACAGGCAUCCAAGCCAGGUGCCGUUCCUCAGAAUACUGCCAGCAGUAAUUCCGAAGAUCAAAAGAAAGGUCGCAACGCUGACAGGUCGACAAGACCAGGUGCUAUACCUGAAGAUGCCAUGGCGCUUCGGGAUCGUCGAAAAGAGGAUAGGCUUGCAAGCUCUGCCAAUAACCAGCCUACGUCCCCUGCUCGGACCGUUCAGCAAGAUGGCAACGUCUUAGAGGCAGUUACUGUGGAAGAGAAAGAUGGCAAUGCUGAGGGACACGCAAUAGAACACAUGAGACGCGACUUUGAGCAAAAAGAAAGGAGGCGUCAACAAGAAAUUGAAGAGCUGAACCAGAGGCUUGCCGCAGAAAAAGCAGAAAGAGAAGCGAAAGAAGAAGCACAAGUAGAAGAGAACAAGAAACGGAGAAAGCAGAUCAUCAUUGUUAUUAUUGUUUGCGUGUUUGUUCUAAUUGCCGUCGGAGUCGGUGCAUUCUUCGCUCUCAACAAGGAUGAAAGCACCGAAGAACCAGUAUUAGCUGCUGCAAAUGACACCACCGCAGUUUCGAAUCUUCCCAGCAGUGCUCCCACGGAUUUUUCUGCGAGCAGUCCAUCAAGAUCUGUCUCGCCUUCUAGGGCUCCUUCCGGUUCUCCUACAGUCCCGCUACUAUACGAAUCACCAAGUCUUGAAUAUUGUAUUGCCGUUGCCCAGAACCGUACCACAUCUGCAGAACGAGCAGAGCUGGAUCAAUUUGACUUUGGUCUCAACAUGGAUGUCACUUUGGAAACACAAGACGAUAUCAACGACAACCAAAUCCUAACGCUUUCAGCGGCGAUUCAAGAGAAGCUUGUCCCUCCGUUGCUUGGGUGCAUCAAUCAGAAUGCGACCCGCCGGAACUUGGCACAAGAAGGAGAAACUUCAAUGUUCCGGGGUGUCGUUCGAAAGCAGAGGCAUCUUGCUCUUGGUGACAACCUUCGUGAAAAUCGCUUUGUGAUUGCCGAUGCGUUUGUACAAGGAAAGGAAGUGCAAGAAGCAUGUUCGGAGGAUGCAAGAUUUCCUACCCAAUGUCACAGAGUCUUUGUGGAGCUUUCCGUUUUUUUAAAAGGUCCCAUCCGAUUAUUUGAUAUCAUUACUUUGAUCUCCGAAGCUGAGGACGAAUUGAAAGGUGACAACGAAGAUGAUAACUUGAAAGGUCCAUUGGAGAUGGAAUCCCCAUUCGUUGAUGUACGCCUGACCGGUAUUGAUAGCCUGUCACCAACAACAGCCCCCUCUACGAUGCCAACGAAACUUCCGAGCGGUUCACCGUCGGCUGUACCGUCGGGGACUCCUUCGACUUCGGCUCCGACGGAACCACCCAUUCCUCCACCUACAGCAACUCAAACGCCUGCAACUCCGUCGCCGACUAGCAAAGGAACACAAGAAGAGACACUUCAGCCAACAGUGAUGACCAUUGGUGGACUUUCUCCAAGUUCCGCUCCAUCCGAAUCGCCAUCCGAGUAUCCAACCUUGGCUCCCGUAUCGGGUCCAACGCCACCUCCAACGCCACGUCCUACCUCGUUGCCAUCCCAUGUACCAAGUCGAAAGCCUUCAUCUACACCUUCUUGGGUCCCAACACUGUCACCGAUGGCCGACCAGACUCUGGCACCAGCUGUAAACGUGUCACCGCCCACCUUUGGAGCACCCUCUACCGCACCGAUUGCCUCGCCGAGUCCACCUCCCACAGCAACAGCAAGUGGAUUUCCAUCUUCAAAACCAAGCUCUGCACCAUCUUCCAAGCCAUCAUCAAAGCCAAGCUUAGACCUAUCUUCCAGCCCUUCAAUCGACCAAAGCUCGCCUCCAUCAACCAACCCAUCACCAAAACCAAGCAUGAUUCCAACUGCCAAGCCACCAAUGCCAUCAAUGAAUCCAAGCUCUGUACCACCUGUCUUCAUGAUUUCUGAUCAGCCAUCAUCAAUGUUGGCACCCUCGGGCUCCCCAACCCUUUUCCCGAGAGAUGCCCCAGGACCAUGCUUAUACUGUACACACCCAAGCGCUUGUGAUGAAAACACUUUGGAAGACUUUGAUAUUAAUUGUGGUUCUUGCAAUGCGGCCAACUCGUGCACGAUGCUACAAGAAUCAAACGCUGAUAAUGCCGAAAACAAUAUCGGACAAAAUUCUUGCACUGCAGAGUACGCGUGCUCCGGAGCAACUGUGAACGGAAUUGGCAGUGGCAGUUGCACAGGAGUGUCCAGUUGUCGUUACCGACGUAUUCAAGUUGGGGAUGGCAGUUGUCUUGCUGACAACUCGUGUACCUCUCCGACUACUCCGCUAGACAUUGGCGACAACUUGAGGAAUUUCCUGCUAGUUGGAAACGGCUCCUGUGGUACUACUGCAACCGCUCGUUUUGCUUGUUUCUCAGACCGAGUAAGAGCAAUGGAUGGGUCUUGUAUCGGUGAAUAUGCAUGUGCGGGGCGGUCUGCUGUCAAUAUUCAAGCAGGUAGUUGUAUCGGGAAGAAUAGUUGCAGCGGUAAAGAGUAUACAACUGGCGAAACCCCCACAGGUGACUUUGACAAGCAGAUGCUAGUGGCCGCCAAUAGCUGCCAGUGCGAAAAUUGUUGCAUAUGCAUGAGAACAAUUCGUGUCGCGGGUUCCUGCAACAGUCUUGACGAAUGUUGCAGUCGUGAGGAGCCAACAGAAUAUGCAGACGGCUUUACACUAACAAACAAUCUCUCCUAG